AUGACUAAAUACUCCAACGACAGCGAUGAUAUAAUCUAUGAUUAUUAUCCGUAUUCAAUAGGUGAGAAAGAUAAUUGCUUAUCAGUGUUGCCAUAUGGUAUUAUUAUUUUAAAUUAUUCUCAUGAUAGUUUAAAAACAUUUUUAACGAAAUCGAUAUGGUCUAGAGCCAUUAUUCGUGGAUGUGCCGAUGGUGGCUCAAAUGUGUUAAGAGAAUUUUCUGAAAAAUAUUUUGAUCAUCAACUGUUGACAGAUCCAUUUAUGCCCGAUUAUAUUAGUGGAGAUAUGGAUUCUAUAAGUGAAAAGACAAAAAUAUAUUAUAGUUCGGGGAAUGUUAAAUUUAUCGAAACAAUAAAUCAAAGUGAGACGGAUUUCACAAAAUGUGUACGUACUAUGUUACAACAAUGCGAACGGUUAGAUGUUAUCUAUGUCUUUUCAUCAUUGUGUGGCCGUUUUGAUCAUGCAAUGGGCAAUAUUCACACAUUGUAUCUAAUAAACAGUUUGAAUUUAAAUCCAAAGCUUCGAUUGUACUUGGUUACCGACCAAGAUAUCACAUUUCUGCUGAAAUCUGGACAUAAUCGUAUACAUACUAAAUCGCAAUUACGAGGACGUGAAUGUUCAUUAUUACCCUUCGCUUAUCCGACAAGGGUGCGAACAGAUGGUUUAAAAUGGAAUUUAAAUAAUGAUACCGAAUUGAAUUUUUCUACGUUGGUUAGUACAUCGAACACAUAUGAUGAACGUAAUACCAAAGAUUAUGUUGAGAUUUACUGUGAAAAACCAGUUAUUUAUUCAAUGACGUAUAAGAUAAAUAAACAAUCUGCUAGUUGA